CCCUGUUAGGGUGGGCCCGGCGGGCGGAAGAGGAUGUGCGGGGCCCCGGCCUGGCCUGAGCUCGGUUCGCAGCACCGGGCGCCCUGCGCCGCCCUCGACGUUUCCCGGAGAAGCGGCCGGCUCUGACGGGCGAGAUGAACUCCUGAGCUGUGAUUUGAAGGAAAUCCCCCUUCCUCCUGCUGGGCAAACAGAAGGUAGAGGUCAAAGGUGUCAACGUGGCAUUGCGAAAGGGAUCAGAGCGGCAGCAGCCACUGGCGUUCACCUCCCAGCUCCUUUCUCCUGCCGCUUGUCUGCUGGGACCAGAGGAUCAGAGGUGCUUCGUCCUGUGGUUUCCCAGAAACGUCUCUGCUGCUGGAGCGCCCGCUCAGGCCGGGGCUGUGCCGGGACUGGUCCUGGGUGCACCCCACAUCUGCCUCUUUCACUUUGGGCAGAACAGACGGGAACCCCGCUUCUGGUCCGUACCCUCUGGCUGGCCACGUCAGUGCUCGCAGCUUUGGGGAUGUUAGCAGAGCCGCACUUUACAAGGCACGCAGGCGCUUGGAAUAUGCUCACGGCGGCCGUGUGCGUGGCCCUGCUGGGCUGCCUGCAGGCCCAGGAGCUCCAGGGACACGUCUCCGUAAUCCUGCUGGGAGCCACCGGGGACCUGGCCAGAAAAUACCUAUGGCAGGGGCUGUUCCAGCUGUACCUGGAGGAGGCGGGGAAGGGCCACAGUUUUCGCUUCCACGGGACUGCUCUGACGAGCACCAAGCAGGGCCAGGAGGUCAUAGCCAAGGUCCUGGAGUCCCUCUCCUGCCCCAGGGACACAGCUCCCGGUCGCUGUGCUGAACUCAAGGCUCAGUUCCAGCAGCUGAGCGAGUACCGCCGCCUGAAGACACCUGAGGACUAUCUGGCCCUGAGCAAGGACAUUGAGGCCCGGGUCCAGCACGAAGGCCUCCAGGAGGCCGGCAGGAUUUUCUACUUCUCGGUGCCACCCUUCGCCUAUGCAGACAUUGCCCGCAGCAUCAACAGCAGCUGCCGUCCAGGCCCAGGUGCCUGGCUGCGCGUUGUCCUUGAGAAACCCUUUGGCCGUGACCACCGCUCAGCCCAGCAGCUGGCCACAGAACUUGGGAGCUUUUUCCAAGAGGAGGAGAUGUACCGGGUGGACCAUUACCUGGGCAAGCAGGUGGUGGCCCAGAUCCUGCCUUUCCGAGACCAGAACCGCAAGGCCCUGGACGGCCUCUGGAACCGGUACCACGUGGAGCGGGUGGAGAUCAUCAUGAAGGAGACCGUGGACGCAGAAGGUCGCGCCAGCUUCUACGAGGAGUACGGCGUCAUCGGCGAUGUCCUGCAGAACCACCUGACCGAGAUCCUCAUGCUGGUGGCCAUGGAGCUGCCCCUCAACAUCAGCAGCGCAGAGGCGGUGCUGGGCCACAAGCUCCAGGCCUUCCGGGCCCUGCGGGGCCUGCAGAGGGGCAGUGCUGUCGUGGGCCAGUACCAGGCUUACCGUGGGCAGGUGCGCAGAGAGCUGCAGAAGCCAGACAGCUUCCACAGCCUGACGCCGACGUUUGCAGGCAUCCUCGUUCACAUAGACAACCUUCGCUGGGAGGGGGUCCCUUUCAUCCUGAUGUCCGGCAAAGCCUUGGAUGAGAGAGUGGGCUACGUUCGGAUCUUGUUCAAGGACCAGGCGUACUGUGCCCAGAGCGAGAAGCGCUGGGUCCCGGCCCAGAGCCACUGCCUUCCUCAGCAGAUCAUCUUCUACAUUGGCCACGGUGAGCUGGGCAGCCCAGCCGUGCUGGUCAGCAGGAACCUGUUCAGGCCCUCCCUGCCCUCCGCCAGCUGGAAGGAAGUGGAGGGCCAGCCUGGGCUUCGCCUCUUUGGCCGCCCUCUGUCCGAUUACUACGCCUACAGCCCUGUGAGGGAGCAGGACGCCUACUCCAUCCUCAUCUCUCAUAUCUUCCACCGCCGGAAGGACUCCUUCAUCGCCAUGGAGAACUUGCUGGCUUCCUGGGUCUUCUGGACGCCCUUGCUGGACAGCCUGGCCCACGAGGUCCCACGCCUCUACCCAGGAGGAGCGGAGAAUGGACACCUGUUGGACUUUGAGUUCAGUGGCAGCCACUUGUCCUUCUCCCAGCCACCACUGGAGCAGCUGGUGCCGGGGCCGGAUUCUGCUCCGAUGCCCAGCGACUUCCAGGUUCUCGGGGCCAAGUACCGAGACAGCCCGCUGAUAUCGGCCUGGCCGGAGGAGCUGAUCGCCAGGCUGGCCGGCGACAUCGAGGCUGCAGCUGUGCGGGCUGUGAGGCGCUUUGGCGAGUUCCACCUGGCACUCUCGGGCGGCUCGAGCCCCGUGGCCCUGUUCCAGCAGCUGGCCAUGGGGCACUACGGCUUCCCCUGGGCCCACACACACCUGUGGCUGGUGGACGAGCGCUGCGUCCCGCUCUGGGACCCCGAGUCCAACUUCCAGGGCCUGCAGGCUCACCUGCUGCAGCACGUGCGUGUCCCCUACUACAACAUCCACCCCAUGCCCGUGCACCGGCGCCAGCGGCUCUGUGCCGAGGAGGACCAGGGCGCCCAGGCCUAUGCCGAGGAGAUCUCCACCCUGGUGACCAACAGCAGCUUCGACCUGGUGCUGCUGGGCAUGGGCACCGACGGGCACACGGCCUCCCUCUUCCCUCAGUCACCCGUCGGCCUGGACGGCGAGCAGCUGGUGGUGCUGACCACGAGCCCCUCCGGCCCGCGCCGGCGCAUGAGCCUCAGCCUGCCCGUCAUCAACCGCGCCCGCCAGGUGGCGGUCCUGGUCAUGGGCCGGAUGAAGCGCGAGAUCGCCCUGCUGGUGAGCCGCGUGGGCCGCGAGCCCAGGAAGUGGCCCAUCUCGGGCGUCCGGCCCGAGUCCGGCCAGCUGGUGUGGUACAUGGACUACGACGCGUUUCUGGGGUGACGGCGCCUUCGCCCUUCGCUCACCCCCGCGCUUUCCUUCACCCGUCCUCUCUCCGCCCCCUCCGCCCUGCCCCAGCCCGCCUGCCCUGCUCUCUGGAAUCUGAUGCCUCGUGGUCAGGCUCCCGGAGGCGAAGGACAGAGCCCUUCCCCGGCCCCUGUGACCGUCCCUGCCUAGUGGCGGUGGGUACACACCGGAGCAAGGAAGAAAUGGAGUCUCUGCUCUUGAGAAGCUUCGAAUCCAAGUCAGGAGAGAAAUGUCCACCUUAAGAAAAGACCUGCAGCAGUCACACGUGAACACCAGCCAGCGCAAAAUAGGACGGUCUGAAAGCUCCCCGCUUGAGCAGGAAUGUGGUGGGCCGAGGUUAACGGGGGGGUUUCCUGCGGGCCGGGACCCUUCGGCCAGCUCUGGUGGAAAAGCAGAACGUGGAUGGUAGAAAGCAGGAGCCCAGGCACCAGUGGCCCUGUGCCCCCCACAGAGCAGGCUGCUGGGAGCCCUCCCCUCUCCUCCAUCCCCUUCCUCCCGAGCCUCUGACGCAGCCUGCUGUCCUGUCUCCUCCAGGGCCACCUCCACCUGCUCUGCAUCUCGGGUGUCUUUCUUUUCAGCCCCGACCAUGGAGAUCUUCCCACCCCCUCUCUGUUUCUUUGCUGUCCCUCAGAUGCCCCAUUUAUGGACAGAUGAUGAUGACAGCAACACGGUGACAAACAAGAUGUUAAAAUGGAUCCAGAAA